UGUGUGUAUGCGCAUUUAACGCGCUAAAGGUUGCUUCUCAUGACAAACUGACACCGGCCGGAACUUACAUCGAAUUUCCGUCAGACUGCAAAACUACUAUCUUUUGACUUUACACUGCCGAUUUAUACGGCGGAGCUGGCUUCUUGCUUUCGAAAUGUCAAUAUAUUAAAGGGCUACUCAGACAGUGUUGCCAGCUUUCUUUACAGACCUGCAUACAGACAGCUGUCGGGCAACACCAUUCACAACACUGGAGCAACGAUGGAAAGUUGUCCCAUCGAGGAUGCCCCACUGUUUACAUUCGGAGUGAUCGCCGACAUUCAAUACGCGGACAUCGACGACGGAUUUAACUACACCCGCACAAAGAGACGCUACUACAGAAGCAGCCUCCAGCUGCUCAUGAACGCCCGUGAAAGUUGGUCGAGAUCCGCUGUUAAACCCAGCUUCAUCCUCCAGCUGGGGGACAUCAUUGACGGCUUCAACAAGCAGCAUGACUCGUCAGACCAGGCCCUGGACACCGUGAUGAGGGAGCUGAGCACCUGUCCUGCCCAGGUCCACCACGUAUGGGGAAAUCACGAGUUUUACAAUUUCAGCAGGGACACGCUGAUGAAGUCCAAGCUGAACAGUUCGCCUCCCUGUGACAGCGGAGGUGGGGGACCCGACACAGGCGACAUCUAUGCCUACCAUUUCAACCCGACUCCUAAGUUCAAAAUUGUGGUGCUGGAUGCUUAUGAUGUGAGUGUUCUGGGAAGGACUGUGUCCAGUGUGCAGUAUAACAAUGCACUGAAUAUUUUAAAAGAGCACAACAGCAACGAGGACCUCAACCAUCCCCCAGCCGAGGAAGGAAUUAAGCGUAAAUUUGUAAAGUUCAACGGAGGGUUCAGUAGAGACCAACUGAACUGGCUGGACGGAGUGCUGUCGCAGUCCGACAAGAACGAGGAAAGAGUCCUCAUCGUCAGCCACCUCCCAGUGCACCCUCUCUCCACCGAGCCCAUCUGCCUGGCCUGGAACUCGGAGGACGUCCUGGCGCUGAUCGGGGCCCACGGCUGCGUGGUGUGUUUCAUGGCGGGCCACGACCACAACGGGGGCUACCACCACGACCGGGACUCCGGCGUGCACCACCUCACCCUGGAGGGGGUGAUCGAGACGCCCCCGGACAGUGACGCCUCCGGGACGGUCUGGGUGUACGAGGACAGGAUGUUCCUGAAGGGGAGCGGACGGACGGCGGACAGGCUGCUGUUGUUUACGUGGCCGCCGGACGAAACGCAGAUCAUGUGAGACUCUGUGGGAAGAGGUCCACAAUACAAAUAUGCUUUAAUAACAUAGAUUUUAUUUUGAUUUAUUGAUAAUAUAUACCAGGAAGGGAGUGGCGCACGUUCGGUCGUGUGCUAUGAUCGCCGAAAGGAGAUUCAAGGUGCUGCUUCGUGAAUUUGUUUGAACUGAUAUGCAAGGCUACAGCCUUUAUUUAUAUUUAUUGUGUUUUGAAACAUUCAAUCUUGGGUGACUUGAACAAUCUUGAAUGUGAAACAAUUUGAGUUAUUGGAUUGUGCAAUUGUUUUUCAAUGCAUAUAAUAAAGAGGCGACACUACUGCAUUGGGUCAGAGAUCGUAUUGGACAAUAUCACGUUGCAGAAAUCAACAUCAACAUAUUCGAUAAAAGGAUUAGCCAUAAUUAUCGAGAAACUAAAAUCGGUGUGUGUGUAUUUUUCAACCAAUCUGAAUCAUUCAGUUCACUUUGACAGUCACAAAAACAUUGUUUUUCUACCUCAACCUCCUACAGUUAGAGUGGGUGAAUAGACAACCCGGUAUCACGCGAUUGCGUGCUCCUGCGCACAAACGUUAAUCUAUUGAAGCGUGUUCCAGAGCACGAUAGUCCGACUUUUUGCGUGUUACACAGAACGAAAUGUAAACCAAUGCAUUCUGAAUGGGAGUGUUCUAAGACAAUUAACUAAACGGUACGAGAGAGAGAAAGAGAGAGAGGGAGGGAC